AGGCUGUUAGCUUUAGCUUUAGCUCCUUCCCUUCAGUGGCUGUAGAGGAGUGGAGGCGCCCAGAGACGCCUUUCUACAUGUUUACCAGGGUUUAACAGUCUUUAAAAUCGUCUUUUACCGUUAAAACAUGGAUUUGGGGGAUUUAUUCGACGAGCGGACGUUUCCAUUCUCGGACUUUCAAGAGUUUACGUUUCUCCCGGGACACCAGCAGCUUGCUGAUCGCGUUAGGAAGCGUUUGUACUAUGGCCUUGAUCCGGACACUUCCCUGGACUCCCUCUCCUGUCCUGUGACUGAUAUUGCUGUUGAAUUGCUCCAGAAAUCUGCCCCAAGCCCGAUCCGAAAGCUCCACAAGAAAUAUGCUGCACAUGUUGCCAGAGAAGCAUGUAUCUCCCCGUGUGCAAUGAUGUUAGCCCUGGUUUACAUUGAAAGACUCCGGCACAGAAACCCUGAGUACCUGCAGCAGAUCUCUUCCUCUGACCUCUUUUUGAUUUCUAUGAUGGUGGCCAGCAAAUAUUUGUAUGACGAAGGUGAAGAGGAAGAAGUGUUCAAUGACGAAUGGGGUGCAGCCGGCAAGCUGGACGUUCAGACUGUCAACACCCUGGAGUUGAAUUUUCUCAGUGCUAUUGACUGGAGUCUGUUCACUGAGCCCAGUGAACUGUUUAAUGUACUGAGCCAACUGGAGACCAGCAUUGCAGAACGGCAGGGUGUGAAGCGGGGAUGGUUUACCUACACAGACCUGUGUGUGCUGCUGGAGCAGUCCAGCUGGAGGCAGGCACUGGCAGCCAUCUACCAGCACUUUGCCAUGGUCUCAUGCAUGCUGGGUUUGCUUUACUUGACCAGUGUGGCUGGACUCAUCGCAGGCUCAGCUGUUGUGCACCAGCUUAGCCAGCCAAAUGCUACUCGCGCUCCUCUUGGCCAAGUCGACGUAAUGGACCCAGCCCUUGUCCAGCCCUCUGGACACAUCUCCAGCAUCCAGUCUCACACCCCUGCUGCAGCUUCUCCUCCUCGCUGCUGUGUCUUGGGCAAUGAAAGCCAAAAACCCCGUGUUCCCAUUGCACCUGAUUUGCACCACCAGCAUCACAGCCCGUCUUCACACUCUCCUUACUAUCAGGACUCAGCUUUCUCUGUUUUUGGCACUCUCUUCUCGGCUCUAGGCUCUUCCAACCCCUCACCACAGGUCCAACUGCAGGGCUGCACCGACCCACCGUUCUUCUGCUGUGGCCGAUUGGACAUUUUUUCUCCUUUGCAGUGUGUGUCUCGUAACGUCUCCACAGACCAUCAAUCAUCCUGGUACACCUGGCUUGCCACACCUUGGCUUUCUAAUGCUAUGGUCAGUGAAGGUCCUUUAAUCACUGUGGCCACCCUUCAGAGACGUUCUUGUUGCCCUGAAACUGCACUGCCUUUUGGAAAAGCCCCAGCUCUCCUCGUACCUGGUUAGAGAAUCACAGCCAAACCCACGGAUUAGGUCACGGACAGUUCUUGUGGAAUACAGCCUGCUCGUCUUUUAGACUUGCUCAAUCGAAAAAAAAUCUUAAUGUAAAAACCUUCUAAUGGUUCUAAAAGCACUUAGAUCUCAAUGGCAGUAGAGAGUAGUGACAUGGCAGUAAGAUGUUCUUAACGCUGGUUCUUAGGGCAUUCUCCCUUCUGCAUAUAUUGUGAUUUCCUGUUUUUAAUUCUUCCAAGAUAAUAAUUUCAACCCACACAUUCUAGUUGGCUAUGUAGUCAAGUUGGAAUGAAGUGUUUUACAAAGCAGGAUUUCUCAGGGCAUUUUCAUACUAGCACUAUUUGGUCCAGUUAAAACAGACUAUGAUUUAUUUACACUUAUGGUGCGUUUCGUUUCAGCAGGUGUGAAAUCAGUAAUCACACCUGGGUGUGGACUAAAACAACUAUAACAAGACCCGCUAAAGGAGGUGUUCUUGGUCUGGUCCCAGACUAACUCCAAAGCGGUUUGUUUGUGGUUUCCGGUCUCGAUCUGACCCAACUGUCCGAUAUGUUAUUUUAAUUUACACAGGACCUUCUUGCUGUAUUUAUGCUCCCGCGCCAGACAGCACUGACCAAUCAGAGGAGACAACAUGCUUUCAUGAUUUAGGUGCCUGUGCGAAAACAAACCAAACCGAGGGAGAAUAAUAUGGUUGGUUGGAGAAAACGCUCCAAGUACAAACUAACUCAUCCACAGAGAAUCGAAUUCAUUAACAGAGAAUCAAAUUCCUUAACAAAGAAACAAACUACAGGUGUGAAAAGCCCUCAGAUAGCCAACUAUUUUUCUUUCAGACAAGGUAGUUAUGUGGUUAAGCUGUGAAAUGCUUUGUAAAAUGCCCCGUGGGUGUGCUAUAAGCAGUAAAAACACCAGUAUAUGCAGAACGGAUGUUCACAAGAACCACUGCAAUAGGCUAAUGAUACAAAUAUUAAGGUGCGCAAAAUUAAAAAAAAAGAUAAAGAAUAAGAUGAGGAUUAAGCUUGAAUGUUUUUUUUUUUUUUUUUUUUAAAGAUCAUUGUAUGGUCCUUUACAACUCAUUUUCAAAACUGAAAUAAGUCAUUAAGUAUAGUUCACCUCAUUAGAAAGUCUUUGAAAGUUAUUCCACAGUCACGGCCAGUUCAGCUUGCGUGCCAAAUUCGUUCUAACAUAACUUCUUCAGUUCAGGUUGUUGCAAUCAGCAUAAUACGGUUGGUUGGCCGUGCAGGCUCAGACAUGCACUUGCAAUAAGUUUAGCUUUUUAAGUUUAAGGUUAGCUUCUUCUUCUUAAGUGUAGUGUGCUUUUUUGUAUAUGAGCCUCCACAUCACAAUUUAGCUAGUUCGUUUUGGCAUGUUGCCUUUUUAUAUAAACACAUUUAUAUAUGAAUAUUUCGACUAGUAAAUUACUAUUACUAAGAUAUUUCAUACAUUUAAAAGCUUGACAGAAGUGUGCACACGAUAAGGAAAACUGUUUUGUUUUCUUUUUUUGUCUUGUCUUUUGGCCUCCCCUUCACACAAAAAAUGCCACUGUCUAAAAGUCCUCAAAGAGUUCUUACUUCUUAUUUAGUGAACAGCAUAAAACUACAGUGUCUGCAUGCAGAUAUCACUAGAUUUCAGAUUUUAACAUAAAUAAAUGUAAAUACACUUUUAUUACAAAUAUAUAAUGCUCUGUUCAAGUUAGAAUCUGUAAUUUUGUGACCUGCACAGUACACUACUUAGGGAGUAGUAGUGUGUAAUUUAAACCUCUAUGUUCUUUUACUUUUUCUUUGAGAGUUAAUACAGAUCUCACAUGCUUGUGCAAGCAUUUUCAUCUCAGUGUGGAUGGAAAUAUUUUCCUUUAAAUUCAUAUAAAAUUGAUCUGGAUGUGUGUGGAUGGGGCCGAAGAGGCAUUUGACAGAGUAAACUUGUUAUUGGGCAUGUGAUUCUUGUGGGUGAGGAAGACGAUUAUAGAGGGUCUAUAUGGUUGCGGACAAAAUGCUUCUUUUACUUAAAGUUGUGAAUCUUAAGACUGCAGCCUCGUUCAGCACGACACAGAAAAAGGCUGACCUGAUUUCAGUCUGAUUAACUUGAGAUACAUUUGACAACAAAGUGCAAAUGUGAUCCAAGUGAAAUAUUGUUUUUGUUUUGUUUUUUGGCAAAAAACUGGUCAGUGGUGUUGGCAUUACAAGUUACCAUGCUAUUUAUAAGUAGACUAGGCUACUGCUAAGUUGAUGGUGAUGUUAGGGGUGUUUUUGACUAAAGAAGGGCUUUCCAGAGAGCUAAAUAUAUUUUUUAAAACUUGCAGGAUUUUUAUUUUUACUUGCACACAGUCAAGACUUGUUUCUGUCUAAAUGUUUCUCUGUUCCUAGCUAAUGUGGCUAACAAGUAAUUGAAGAUGCUUCAAGAAUUUUGUAAUACAUAUAUUUUCAGUAAUAUUUUGUAGACUCUGUGAAAGACCUAUCUAGUGACCUAUGUGUGUACUGGUUUAGGCACGGUGCUAAUUUGGUAGCUCUAAGAUUCCAUUGCUGUUAGCUACAUUAGCCUCAUUGUUCCAGUGGUAACCCAUGUUACAUUGAGUUAAACAAAGGUAAUUAUGCAAGCUUAACUUCAAGAGAAAAGUGACCAUCUGAUAAUUCCUGACCUUCUUAGACUGCCUUGACCUUUGGCUAAAGUUAUCCGGCUAGCUAGCUGUCAGGCCCAUCAGUUCAAUACAAGCUAACUGCAGAGGGUUAAAGGUAGGAGCAGGUGGUGUGUGAGUUGUUUGGUGUUUGUUUGCUUAAAGAAAGCGUUGUUGCAGGUUCUGAUUUACAGGAGUGAGUUAUCUAACCACCUUUUUUGAUUGUUGAAUUUGCUCUUUUUGUUCUGAAGUGGAAAGUUGUUGUUUUGGAAGAAUAUUUGAAGAGACAAAUAAAGGAUUUGGUUGGAAACUA